AUGGAUCUCUUCGCCGCCUGCGAAAACUUCGACUUGAUCAUCAACACAGAGAAGACGGUGGUUAUGAAUCAACCGCUACACGACAUUGCCUACGGCACCCAGCUGCCAGUGGCGGACAGCUUCACAUAUCUAGACAGCACACUCUCCCGCAACACCAAAGUCGACGAUGAUGUGGCCCGCCGCAUUUUCAAAGCCAGCCAAGCCUUCGGCCGUCUGCAGAACACAGCCUGGAACUGUCACGGUCUCCACCUCAAUACCAAGCUGAAGAUGUACAAGGCAAAAAUCCUACCGACGCUAUUGUACGGGACGGAGACCUGA